AUUGCAUAGUAAAUUAGACGCAAAGAUGGCACUUCUGCAGAGGCAAGCCGUUCGGGGGAGCGCUUUCGGUACAGCGAAGGCUUCGCGCCCGGUUGUGCGCACACCGAGGAGCCGUGCACCGGCUGUUUCUGUUCGGGCCGAUGGUCAGCAAGUCCAGGUCGAGAUCGAUAAGCCGCUGGGCCUGCAGCUAGAGCAAUCGAAUGCGCCGGGUGGUGGCCUCGUAGUUAAGUCCGCUCGCGGCAAUGCUGCGAAAGCUGGGAUCAAGGCCGGUGACACAAUCAUUUACACCUCGAGUUUCUUCGGCGACGAGCUCUGGCCGGCUGACAAGCUGAGCUUCACCAACAAUGCCGUAACGAACUGCCCAUCACCUGUGACGUUCAUCUACGUCCCCGGUGAGAACACCAAGAUCAAUGUGAAGCGCCUUCCCAAGCGCCCUGCGCCCGCGCGCUUCGGCCGCAAGCUAACGGAUGCGGAACGGGCCCUGGCCACGCACAUUUGCGUGGACUGUGGCUACAUCUACUGCGACAAGGUGCCCUUCGAGGAGACCCCAGCCAACUACCGGUGCCCGCAGUGCAACGCGCCCAAGCGCCGCUUUGUCGAGUACGACGCCGAUUCGGGCAAGACCACGGGCAUUGCUGAGGGCACAGUCGGCACCAUCGCUACCGUCAUCGGUGGCCUGCUUGGCAUUGGCGUGCUUGCCUACCUUGGCACCAACAUCUAAGCGUCUUCUGCCUGCCAUGCUAGCUACAGGCAUACCAUUCGGGAACGGAUGUACCGCUUCGAAUGAUUUUUAAAUGGCUGUGGGCUCUCGUAUGGCUGUGGUGGAUGGGAGGCUGUGUGCUAAGUAUUCCCGGCCUGAUCAAAGCUUGGGGCUCAGGAAGCUUGCGUCGGCAUCUGAGCUGAAACUAUAAACAUUCUUACGAAUGUUUAUAAACACUCUUACGAAUGUGGAUAAUUCCAUUAAGGAGGGGAUUUCUGGGCUGUGACGUGUGAGGCUACGUUCAAAGCUGCGGCAGGGCAUAACCGAUAGCUUUACAAACACCUGUAACUUCAAGCCCAAA